AUGGCAAGGGAAGAUAUUAUUCUAAGGAAUGAACACAAUAGAUAUGGAGAUCAUGUAGGAGUAUGUGUUGGUAGUGAUGGGAAAACAGAUGGAUGUGGUUACGUAGGUGAAAGUGGUGGUGGAAGUAGAAGAGAAAAAGGUGGAGGAGGAGGUGGAGGAUUAGGAAGUGGUGCAGGUGGAGGUUUUGGAGCUGGAGGCGAAGUUGGAGGUGAUAUUGGUGGAGGCGCAGGUGGGGGUGUUGGUGUUGGAGGUGGAGUAGGUGGUGGUGCUGGAGGCGGAAUCGGUGGUGGUGGAGGAGGUGGAGGGCAAGGAGGUGGAAGAGGUGGUGGCGGAGGGGGUGGAGGAAGUUUUGGAGGAGGUGGUAGUGGUUCUGGAGGUGGAGGGGUCGGUGCUGGUGGCAGAAUUGGAGGUGGGGGAAGUGUUGGAGCUGGAGGCGGGGUUGGUGGUGGAAUUGGAGUAGGAGGAGGAAUUGGAGCUGGUGGAGGUGUUGGAGGCGGUGGUGGACGAGGAGGUGGUGGUGGUGGAGGUAUUGGUGCUGGAGGGGGAGUUGGGGUAGGUGGCGGUGGAGGCGUUGGAGGUGGAGCUGGUGGUGGUGGUGGAGGUAUUGGUGCUGGAGGGGGAGCUGGUGGGGGAGUUAGGGCAGGUGGCGGUGGAGGCAUUGGAGGUGGAGCUGGUGGUGGUGGAAGAGGUGGUGGUGGUGGAGGUAUUGGUGCUGGAGGGGGAGCUGGAGCUGGUGGGGGAGUUGGGGUAGGUGGCGGUGGAGGUGGAGUUGGUGGUGGUGGAAGAGGUGGUGGUGGUGGAGGUAUUGGUGCUGGAGGGGGAGUUGGUGGAGGAGUUGGGGUAGGUGGCAGUGUUGGAGGUGGAGGUGUUGGAGUAGGAGGUGGAGCUGGUGGACGAGGAGGUGGAAGAGGUAGUGGCGGUGGAGGUGGAGGCAUUGGUGCAGGUGGUGGUGGAGGUAUUGGUGCGGGUGGUGGAAUUGGUGGGGGUGUUGGCGCUGGAGGCGGAAUAGGCGGGGGAAUUGGAGGAGGUGCAGGUGUAGGAGGUGGUGCUAGAGCUGGAGGUGGCGGUGGUGGAAGAGGUAGAGGUGGAGGAGGUGGCAGUGGAGGAGUUGGCGGCGGCGCUGGGGUAGGAGCUGGUGGAAGUGUUGGGGCUGGAGGUGGUGGUGGAGGAUCUGGAGGUGGAGGAGUUGGAGGCAGUGGUGGAGGAUCUGGUGGUUUAGGGGGUGGAGGUGGAGUUGGCGGUGGUGUUGGAGCUGGAGGUGGGGUUGGGGCUGGGGGUAGUAUCGGGGUCGGAGGUGGUGUCAGUGCUGGAGGUAGUGUAGGUGGUGGUGGUGGAGGAGGUGUUGGGGUCGGUGGUGGUGGUGGUGGCGGUGUUGGAGGAGGAGGCGGUGUUGGUGGAGGUGUUAUGUCUAGGGGUAGAAAUAGCCACAAAAAUGUCGAAGAAGUUAAUCCAUAA